AGCUCCACUCAAAUUACUAUUCUAGUAGGACAUCUCCAAAAUAUACCUUCUCUUUAGAAAAGAAGCUUAUCAGAGCCUGUACUUCAGCAUUUCUUUAGAUACAAAGCAUCUAUCAAUGAAAUCUUUAUCUUGAAGCACGCUUCCAAAGCCUGUCCAACCUCUCUAUAAGUACUCCACACAGACACCAAACCAUCAGCACGCAUUUAGAAAGAGAGAGAGAGAGAGAGAGAGGAAGAAGAAUGAUUAAGCUGAGAUCAAAGAAGCUCUUCAAGAAAAGUUCUAAAUUGAGCAGCGGUGGGAGCGGCGGCGGCGGCGCUGGAGGCUGCGGUAGGAGCGGCGACAUUGAGUGGGAGCUGCGGCCUGGGGGCAUGCUGGUUCAGAAGAGAGAGGGAGCAAAGUGUGAUAGAGAAGGGGUGAUCACUGUGAGAGUCUCCACUGGAUCACAUUGGCAUGACAUCUCCAUUGGAGCCACCUCAACAUUUGCUGAGUUGAAGAUGAUUGUAGCCAUGGUGACAGGGUUGGAGCCCAGAGAGCAGAGGCUUUUGUUCAGGGGGAAGGAGAGGGAGGAUGGGGAUCACCUUCACAUGGUGGGAGUCAGGGACAAGGACAAGGUACUGCUGUUAGAGGACCCAGCCAUCAGGGAAAUGAAGCUGAAGGGAAUGACAAGAAGCCAAGUCAUGGGGAGCCCUUGUCACACCAUUAUUGAGGUGUUGCUAACUUUCCUGAAUGGAAUCCCUUUGUCUGGAAUUUUACUUCUGCGCAUAAAACACCUCUCCAAUAUGCAAUCUUUAAGCAGUUAUUACUCAAAAGGAGCCUCUUUGGCGACUCCAUAUCUGGAUUCUGAUACUUUUCCCCACUAUACUUUGAGGAAGAGGAGGACGGAAAGAGGGGUUUGUGGUGGUAUGUGUGGUGGCAGUAAAUUCUCCCACCUGUUUUUUCUUUCAAGCAGUACUUGCGGUUUAACUAGUUCUAAUCUACAUCCGAGAACUGGGUUCUCUGCUAACAAUCCCAAGCUAAGCUUUUGUGAAUCAAAGAUGAGUCCUUUCGGAAAGUACUUUGCUUUGGCUUUGGCAUUGGAGCAAGAACCUGAUGGGUGUGAGCAUGUGAAAGAAGUAACAGAAUCAGAGAAGCCUGAGGGUAAGGAGGUUAGCUUUGACUCUUCGGGAGGUAUUGGAAAUAAUGAGAUAUGUGAUGCCAAAGAUGGGGAAGAAGAAAUGGUUGUGGACUUCGAAGAGACUGCUCGCAGGGAUGGUGCUGAGUCAGUCGAGAAAGACCGGAUCGAUGUCCGAGCAUUAGCUGCAAGUCUGCAUGAUGCUAAAACUGCAGAUGAUGUGGAGGAGUUAUUCAAGAAUUUGGAAAUUUUGCCUCUCCCUGUUUAUUCAUCAAUGAUCAGGGGGUUGGGAUCAGAUAAGAAAUUGCAUUCUGCAUUUGCUCUUGUUGAAUGGUUGAAGAGAAAGAGGGAGGAUACUGGUGGAUCAGUUGGCCCGAACCUCUUCAUUUAUAAUAGCCUCUUGAGUGCAGUCAAGCAGACUGAACAAUUUGAUAAAGUUGAUGAGGUCAUGGAUGAUAUGAAAUCACAAGGCAUUGUACCAAAUAUCGUGACUUACAACACUUUGAUGUCAGUUUAUCUUGAACAAGGGCAGCCUAACGAGGCCCUCGAUGUUUUAGUGGACAUUGAGAAUAAUGGUCUAUCUCCAUCUCCUGUCACCUACUCAACUGUCUUAUUGGCCUUUAAGAAAAUGGAUGAUUCAUAUGGUGCACUUGGAUACUUUGUGAAAUUGAGAGAGCAAUAUGAGAAGGGGGAGGUUGGGAAAGAUAAGGAUAUGGACUGGGAGACUGAGUUUUUAAAGCUUGAAAAGUUCUUGAUGCGCAUCUGUUAUCUAGUGAUGCGCCAGUGGCUUGUGAAGGAAGAGAAUCCAACUGCCAAUGUCUUGAAGCUUCUAAGUGAUAUGGAUAUGGCACGGGUAAAACCAAGUCGUGUGGAAUGUGAGCGGCUUGUGUGGGCAUGUACUCGUGAAAGCCAUUAUACUGUAGCUAAAGAGCUGUACAGAAGAAUAAGGGAGAUGGACAGUGAUAUUAGCUUAUCAGUAUGUAAUCAUCUCAUAUGGCUGAUGGGUAAGGCUAAAAAAUGGUGGGCGGCUCUUGAAAUUUACGAGGAUUUGUUGGAUAAAGGGCCUAAGCCAAAUAAUCUAUCAUAUGAGCUGAUUAUUUCUCAUUUCAACAUCUUACUCACUGCUGCUAGGAGAAGGGGGAUCUGGCGAUGGGGUGUUAGGCUGCUUAACAAGAUGCAGGAUAAAGGCUUAAGACCAGGAACUAGAGAAUGGAAUGCAGUCCUUGUUGCUUGCUCCAAAGCAUCAGAGACUUCUGCUGCUGUGCAGAUAUUUAGGAGGAUGGUGGAGCAGGGAGAGAAACCAACUAUACUCUCUUAUGGAGCACUGCUUAGUGCACUUGAGAAAGGGAAGCUUUAUGAUGAGGCACUGCAGGUGUGGGAGCAUAUGCGUAGAGUGGGUGUUAAGCCCAAUUUGCAUGCAUACACGAUAUUGGUUUCGGUUUUCAUUGGCAAGGGAAGUCCUGAUAUGGUAGAUUCUGUUCUUCGUGAAAUGGUAUCAUCAGGUAUUGAACCAAAUGUUGUCACCUACAAUGCAAUAAUCACAGGAUGUGCUAAGAAUAAGAUGGGUAGUGCUGCUUAUGAGUGGUUUCACCGCAUGAAGGUUCGAAAAAUCAAGCCAAAUGAGAUUACUUAUGAAAUGCUAAUCAAAGCUCUUGCACAAGAUGGUAAACCAAGACUUGCAUAUGAGAUGUACUUGAGGGCUUGUAAUGAGGGGCUACAUCUUUCUUCAAAACCUUAUGAUGCUGUUUUAGAGUCAUGUCAGGCUAUGGGUACAAGCAUAGAUCUUAAUGCUUUAGGUCCUAGACCUGCUGAGAAGAGGAAAAGCAUAAAGAUAAGGAAGAAUUUGUCUAAUUUCUGUCAUUUUGCAGAUGUACCUAGGAGAGGAAAACCAUUUGAUGAGGCAGAAAUGUACUCUACACAGAUGCAAGAAAGUCAAUAUGUAGAUGGCAUUAUUGAUGAAGUCCGUUCGUGAGACUAUCUGCUAGCUACCCUUUGUACUUUGGCUGCCCUAGUUUUCAUGCAUUAAUCGCUUAGAGCAGAAUUCAUCUUCAAGGUCCUUUAUUACGCUUUUUUGGUGAAGUAUUAAAUCGCAGCAAAUCUUACUGCACCGCCUCAUAUCCAUUAGAAUUUCAUUGGCACAAAUCAAUAAGUUUGAGAUUAACAUUCCCCUCUGCACUAUGAUAUUCUGUCAGUGAGUAUAAAAGGAACCACUCAGUCUCUUAACUUUUUACCGUGCUCUGUUGUUUGCUUGGGCAUAAUUAGCUUCUUUUUACUUGAAUUUUCUGACUGUUAUAUAAUUCCAACUUGUUUUAUAAAAUCAUUUUCUGAUUUAUAACUCUCAUUUUCCUUCUGCAAUAGGUGUAUAUAUCAUAUUAAUUGGAUUACAAACAAUGUUUGACCACCUAUUGAAAUAUUAUUCCUAGCUCUGCAUGCUGGAAUGCACGAUUUUCAUUAAAAACAACAAAGCAGUACAUAUGCUACAUGCUUUAUGAUAAGUGUUUUCGUUGUGAAACAUGUGAUUUGUUCAUGAGCAUCAUAAUGUACAUAAUUAAACAUUAUCUGCAUCUUCUUAUCUAUUAGUUCAAACAAAAAAUUUCCAAGUCAGCACCUCUAAGUAUUGUAUCUGCCUAAUUGGAAUUAGACUUAUAUAACGUGUCCAUUAUUUUGUUCAAUAGUUAUUAAAUUGAGGUAUUGUAGGCUUUUAGGAUUAGUUCAACAUGUUCGAGCUAGAAAUACUUCCUCAUUUAUGAAAAAUAAGAGAUAUCUUGCUGAUUGUUCAUCGCAUAUCUUUCACUAUUAAUUAUAGGCACAUUUGAUAUGAAUAUGAAGUUUGUUUUAAGGAUCCAUCAAUCAGCUUGUUGAGUGGUCUCCUCUUCUCCAAAAGGUGCCUCCUCCUCCUUUGUGUAAUUAUGUCUACAAUGCACAUGCUGUCAAGAUACCAUCUCAUUGAGCUUAGUGCUUUGUGCAUGGUUUUAAAAACUGCUCAAACGAGAUGGUACGACCAGUACCAUGCCGUUCUGACACGGAACCAGCAUCCGUACAGGUGUCGGGAUGCUGAAACAGCUAUAUUGGUAUGUAACGGUCAUAUCGGUCCAUACCAAUGCAUAUCGGCAGUAUUGUACCAGCCAUACGGAUCGGUAUCGAUGGUUUUUCAAUUUUUUUUUGGAACAUGUUAGUUUCGAUACAUACCGUCAAUAUCAGUACGAUACUAAUACUUUAUAUUUCGACGGAAAAAUGACGCAGGGUUCAGUACGGCUAUUUAAAUCCUUGCCUAUAAUAUUCUAGCUCCAAAGGAUUCACAUUCCUUUCAAGCAAGAAAAACUGAAGUCUCUAUUUCAGAGAGAGAGAGAGAGAGCUUAAAGCAAAUGCCAGAGAGGCAUCAGGAUAAGGGUGAAUAUUUUAUAGGCCCAGAAACUCCAUUCAAGACCAUCUAUCUUCAAGUACAAUAGCAAAGAUGAAUUACAUUUGGUGGUGAAGAUGUAGCACAUGCAUCACAUGGAUGCUCAAUGACAUAAAAGUGGAUCAUGUUCCUCCAACAACUAUUUUCUAUGUAUUAUUGUUAUCUUAUACAAAUAUCAUAGUUCAAUUUUAUAUGAAUACUAUUCUUUUGUACUUAUGUAGUUUGUGUAAUAUUUGCAUAGCAGUGACCACAGCUUUUGUCUUUAUAUUUACUGGGAUAUUGGUAUGAUUGAUU